AUGAAGUUCCUCGGUCUCUCCCUUCUUGCCUCUGUGGCGCUUGCGGCCCCGGCCCAGCUCGAGGCUCGUGGCAACUCCCAGCCCGAGAACUGCGACAACCCUGGCCGCGUGAUCAGCAUCAUCCUCGACUCGUCUGGAUCGACUGCCACCUCCGACCACGAGAAGCUCCGCAUCGCCGGUGGCAAGGACCACGUCGACUACCUGACCUCCGCGUCCGAGGCGACCGACAAGAACAAGGCCGACACUGUCUCCGUCGUCUCCUUCGACUCCACGCCCAAGGUCGAGUACCCCCAGGGCGACGCCAACGAGCAGGCCAAGAAGGCUCUCGACGGCGUUGACAGCAGCGGUGGUACCAACAUUGCCAAGGGCCUGACUGCUGGUAUUGAGCAGGUCGCCGCCGCCAACCCCGGCAACCGCGGUGGCGUCAUCAUUUUCACCGACGGCCUGGACAGCAACACCGACGGUAUUGUCAAGCAGAUCAACAAGGCCAAGGAGGCGGGUAUCCGUGUUUCUUGGGGCCACACCAACUCUCCCUACAAGGGCGGUGGCAGCGGCCUGAUCGGUGGCAUCCUCGGCGGCAUCACCAACCUUAUCACUGGCGGCCUCAACGCCAUGUCGGGCGAGAGCGGCAAGCUCGACCAGCGCAUCUCCGAGGCCGUCCUCGCCUCUGGCGGUACUGCUUCCAUCAUCUCGAACUCGCAGUCCCAGCGCGAGUUUGUCCAGCAGGUUAUCAAGAACGGUCUCACCAACAACGACGGCAAGUGCGGCGGUAACGACAUUGGCGAGUCGGGUGGUCCCCUCAUCAACGACGUCACCACCCUCGGCCUCUGCUCGAAGAACGCCCAGGCCACCUUCACCUACUCGCCCAAGAGCCAGCACGAGCAGCUCACCUUCGCCAUCAACCUUGUCUCCCAGAACAGCCCCGUCAACAUCCAGGCCACCUACACCAACAAGGCUACCGGCCAGACGUCCACCGUCACUGUCAACAAGGGCCAGGCCUCCGGUGCUCUCCAGGGUGAGGCCAACCCCGGUGAGCAGGUCGAGGUUGUCAUCAACACCUCGAACGCCGACUCCAACGCGUGCCAGUACUCUGUUACCCUCUCGGCCAAGCCUGGUGGCGAGCCCAUCCCCAUCCCUUCGUCGACUGCCAGGAGAUGGAGGCGCUGA